CCAAAUCGGCCCACAAAUUCAUAUAGAAAGAAAAGGGAUUGAUUUAUUAUUUUUUUUUUCUAGAAAGAGGAAAGACCAAGACCAUAAAGCGGAAUUACCGAUGGAAGUGGCGCAAGAAGGGGGCUAUGUAAAGAAAUAUAGAGCUAAUUGAGAAAUAUCCGAGUGUUUAUUUACUCACUGUUAUGGAAAGUUUUGUUUUCGAGUAAAUCUAUGAGUGUGGGGGUGGAGCUGAAUAUACAUUGUUAAUCUGGGAUUAGGGAUUCUUGGUUUUCUGUUCCCCCUCUCAAAUUUUGUUAUUAUUGACUCUGUUUGUUUCUUGAUAUUUGGAUGUGUUGUAAUCUUUAUUUAAGAAAAUUAUGUAGAUUGAGUUAGGAUAAUUGAUUCCAGUUUACUAUAAGGACUUUACCUGAAUAUUCUUGUUUCCGGGGGAUCAUUUUUGAGUGGGGUUGAAAGAGGAUGGGUUGCUUUUCUUGCAUGAGGCCUCGACGUAAGGAUGUCAGAGAUUAUGAAGAAGACAUGACCCCUCGAUACACUGGUUCUUCAGGGGGUAAGAAAAAAGAGAAUUCUGUGAGAACAAAAGGUAAAGAAGGCAAUGUAGCCCGUAGCUUCCAGUUCAAGGAACUUGCAAUGGCGACACAGAAUUUUAGGGAUGCUAAUUUGAUUGGGGAAGGUGGUUUUGGAAGCGUUUACAAAGGCCGUCUGGAGUCUGGCCUGAUUGUUGCUGUCAAGCAACUUAAUCAUGAAGGCCUUCAGGGGAAUCAAGAGUUCAUUGUAGAGGUCCUGAUGUUAAGUCUGCUGCAUCAUACCAAUCUUGUGAACUUGAUUGGCUAUUGUGCUGAUGGUGACCAGAGACUCUUGGUUUAUGAAUACAUGCCCAUGGGUAGCCUGGAGAAUCAUCUUUUUGAUAUCAAGUCUGGUCAGGAGCCACUUAGUUGGAGCAUAAGGCUGAAGAUUGCUGUUGGUGCAGCUCAUGGCCUUGAAUAUCUUCAUUGCAAAGCGAAUCCUCCUGUCAUUUAUCGUGAUUUGAAAUCUUCCAACAUAUUGUUAGAUAGUGACUUCAAUGCCAAGCUGUCAGAUUUUGGACUUGCCAAACUGGGACCUGUUGGUGAUAACACUCAUGUUUCAACACGAGUGAUGGGAACAUAUGGAUACUGUGCCCCUGAAUAUGCUAUGAGUGGGAAAUUGACUCUAAAAUCUGACAUCUAUAGCUUUGGUGUGGUUAUGUUGGAGCUGAUCACUGGACGCAGGGCUAUUGACACCACUAAGAAGCCAGGAGAGCAAAACCUGGUUGCAUGGUCUCGUCCUUUUCUAAAGGACCGGAGGAUGUUUGUCCAAAUAGUGGACCCUCUAUUAGAAGGUUGCUUUUCAGUCCGAAGUCUGCACCACGCAGUUGCAAUUACAGCAAUGUGUCUUCAGGAACAAGCAAGUUUCCGCCCUCUUAUCAGUGAUAUUGUUAUGGCACUUGAAUUCCUUGCUGCUCAAGCAGAUAGCUCGGAUUCUCAUAAAGGUGAAUAUCACGCUUGAACAUCAUCAUCACCAUCACAGAUUGAUGGUAAACUAGAUAGUAGAAGAUGAGCUCUGUAAAAUGCUCAACUUCGAAGUUUUUAUAUCAAUCAGCUCGACUUACAACUGUCAGUGGGGGUGCUCAUCAAUCUAUCCAUCAGGUUAGAAAUGACGAGAAGAGGUGGUAAUGUGUGAUCCAUUUUCAUUUGAUUGCUAUUCAAAAGUUGCUCAAAAUUUUAUACAUCUUUUGUAGCUACACGACUGUAAAUAAUUGUUAAAAACUGUUUGGGGGAUCAGUUAAAUCUUGUGAAGUGCUGCUAACAGUUUUUUGGGAUAAUUUGUUUUUCCUUGGAAAGAAAGUCUAUAUAAUCCAUUGGUCCUUUAAUGAGUACAA